AUUAUUGCCACAUAUUACGUGGGAGAUGAUCAUUCGAUGGAAAUGGUUAUUCAGUUGCCAAACAACUAUCCUUUAAGUCCAAUUACUGUUAGUAAAGGGCGUAGUGUUGGUGUAGGAAGUCAACAGUGGCAGUCAUGGCUUUUACAAAUGUCUGUUUUUGUUAAUAAUCAUAAUGGAUCGAUUUUAGAUGGUAUUGAUUUGUGGCAAAGUAAUGUUCGGAAAAAAUUCGAUGGUGUUGAAGAAUGUGCAAUUUGUUACUCGAUUGUGCACAACACAAAUUUCAGUUUGCCUAAAAUGCGAUGUCACACUUGUCGUAAACUAUUUCAUUAUGCUUGCAUGUACAAAUGGUUUACAACUAGUCGAAAUCCUGCUUGUCCAUUGUGUAGACACUUGUUUAUUGAUCCAACCGGUCGACCUGUAUCAACAUAAUGGGUAAAGAAAAUUCUGAUGAUCGAUGCAGCAAGAAAAUUUAGUAUUUCUAAUUAAUCUGAAUCAAAUGAUCAUUUGUUUCAUUAAUUCAUCAUAAAUCUUGUUUUUUGUUACUUUUGAGAAGGAUUACUCUUUUUAUUUUUAAGUAGUUAUUAUUAUUAUAUUGUUUCUGAACUGUUCUGUGGAACAUAAACUAUCUGAAUUUUCUGUAUGUUUAAUGUGAAUGCAAAAUGUUUGUCAACUUUCUUUAUGGCAAAUUACUUCUUGAGAAAAUGUACAAAUGAUGAUACAGAUCUCGGAUAUCUGUAUUGUGUUAGUUCUUUUCUAGUAGGCUUGUGUGUCUGUUCUUCUAUGGAAUGAGUGACUUGAAUGUACGAACACCACUUCCCAAGGCGACGGGUUCCAAGGGUCGGUGACCCGGUGAGAAAAACUGUAUGCUACGGAUAUUUGUUCAACCUUGGCUUUCGAGCUCGCUUGUUAU